AUGGGAAUCAAGGACCUUUCAAUCAGGAACAAAGCAUGUUGUUUGAAGCUAAUAUGGCUGAAGUUCUUUCAGGCUGGAUCGGUGUGGGUAGCGUGGUUCCGUGAAGAGAUCCUCCAAGGGAGCGUUAGCAACCUGUGGAUCACUAAGCCAAGCCAGCGGUACUCCUGGCAGGUAAACAAGAUACUAAAACUCAGCGGUGAGCUGUUCCCUUGUAUCAAGAUUCGGGUGGAGAAUGGAGCGACCUGCAGAUUCUGGACAGACAACUGGUGCCCUUUGGGAUGCAUACGAUCGCUCCUUCGCAGUGCCACCUUAGGAAUCCCAAACAACACAACUCUGGCUUCACUCUACUACAAUGGACGAUGGUUACUGCCACCAGCACGAUCUGAAGCUCAAGUUAACCUACAAGUGUUCAUGACUACCAUCACUCUCACGCAAGAUGAAGACUAUUAUGAGUGGGAGAUAGAUGGCAAAACUAGCAACCGCUACUCUACUGGUCAAGUUUACAACAAACUCAGGGAGGAAGGACCUACUGUACCUUGGCAUGAAUCUGUUUGGAACAAAAGAGGGAUCCCAAAACAGAGUUUCAUGACGUGGUUGAUCGUACUUGACAGAUGUCCUACUCGAGAUAGGUUGUUACGAUGGGGACUUCAAACCGACCCGUCUUGUCUCCUCUGCAACUCGGCUCCUGAGUGUAGGAACUAUUUAUACUUUGAUUGUAGUUAUGCUUGGCAGAUUUGGCUUCCUUUGGCGCAGAGAUGUGGCCUUUUACCCCAGAGGUCAUGGUCGCAGGUUCUAAUCCAAAUGCAAGCCUUGAGUAGUCGAUCACCGUUGGGAAUGCUCACUCUCCUCUGUUGGCAAAGCUGUAUGUACUGGAUCUGGUCAGAACGCAACAGCCGGUUCCAUCGACAGGUAUAUCGAUCCCCAGACUCGAUCAACCGCUUGAUUGAUAGGCAAAUGAGAGAUAAGAUACUGAGUUUUCAAUCAAGCAACCCUAUCAUCUCCUCUCGCUUGAUGCAGCGGUGGCUAACUUGA